ACAAUCCACCUGAGUGGAGGACGCGAUAAGAUGCAAGGUAUAGGGAAAUCAGAACGCGUGAUUGCGUCGGGUCCCAAAUUGCCUUUACUGGAAGAGAACCCCAUUACAUUCCUAAGGGACCCAAAAGCCGAUGGAAUAAGGUCGAGGCGUGCAGCUUCAGUUAGAUUGUUCGAUUGGUGGUCAUCCCAAGAGGUGGACGCUUGUGUUGGGUUCCGAGCCUUCGUCGUUAGCUAUCUAGUAUCAAUCAUCCUGGGAGUCGAUGCGAAUGAUGAAAGCUGUGCGGCCUCGUUGUCGAAAGAAAAGAGGGUUGUGCAUUGCCUGAAUAUGGUCGACUCCAAGGUUCUUUGGACUGAUUCGAAUGAAGAACACUCUACCCGGUUAUGGGAGAUCUUCUUUAAAGCACGAUACACAAGCGUUUCAUCAUAUUUAUGGCUUCCAAAGGAAGUGCAGCCGUGUUUGCACCCACAAGUGCAUCUUGUGCUCCCAAUUCAGUUCGAUAGCUGGUCUCGAGACCCCAAUUCCAGUCACAGCGCAAACGAUACAUCAUGUUUUCUUGCCGCUCCUGCCAUUGCUGGUCAUGGGAUACUUGGUCCGACGACCCAAGACCCAAGUCUAUCGCCUGGCCAUGUUACCAUACACCAUUUGGACCAUCUUGAGAGCGAGCUUUGCUUACUCAUGGGUCGACCAACUGUAUAG